AUGACUGCCCCGGGGCCGGCCCCGCGCGCCCGGGCGCACUGCAGCCUGCCCGGGCUCUGGGUGGCGACAGCGCUGCUCCUGCUCAGUGCCCCGCGGCUCUCCGUGCGGGCGGAUGGGAAGCUGUUUGUGCUGGAGCCCCCGGCCGGCUCGGGGGGCCUGGGGCUGGAGGCGGCACGGCUCUCCUGUGAGAGCAGAGGCGCUCACCUGGUGUCGGCCCACGAGCUGCGCAGGCUGGUCCGUGACUGUGCCUUGGCCGUGUGCGCCACGGGCUGGCUGGCAGAUGGCACCAUCGGGACAACUGUGUGUAGCAAAGGGAGUGGUGAGCAGCAGCUCAUGAGAGCUGUGGACGUGAGAGUUGAGAGCAACCCAGUUCCUGGUGGCACGUACAGUGCCCUCUGUAUGAAGGAUGCAGAGAAGCCGUGCGGAGACCCGCCUUCGUUCCCGCACACCGUCCUGCAGGGCCGCACCGGCUUGGAGAUGGGGGAUGAGUUGCUGUACGUGUGUGCCCCGGGCUCGGCCACCGGCCAGCGAGAGACCGCCUUCACCCUGCUGUGUAACAGCUGCGGGGAGUGGUACGGCCUGGUGCAGGCCUGUGGUAAGGAGGAGGCCCAGGCGCACAUCGACUACGAAGACAACUUCCCGGGUGACAGGCCCGUGGCGGCCCGGGAGCGCGUGGCGGCUGAGGGAGAAGCGGCGGCUGAGGGAGAAGCGGAGGAGGUCCGCGGGGUGUCUGCUCCCGCAGCGCGAGAGGAGGUCCCGGGGCCAAGCCCAGGCGCGCCCCCCCACUGGCUGGGGCCCCGACUUAGCCGCAAGGACUUGUUCUUGCUCCCGGCCUUCCAGGAGCCUGAGCUGGAAGAGGAGGCGGGCGGCGACAGCGAGAAGCGGCUGGCGGCCGGGGACAACCACAGCGGUGCCAAACUGGCCCCGGGCCUGCGGGAGGCCAAGGUGGCCCGCCUGGGCGGGGAGGGCCGCCGGCCGGGGGACCCGAUGGUGAGCAGCAGCGACGGGUCCUGGUUAGAUGGCUACCCCGUGACGGAUGGGGCGUGGGGGAAGGGCGAGGAGGAGGAGGAGGAGGAGGGGGACCCUGGGGACGGGUCGAUGGGGCCGGAUGACGGUGUCCUCCCCCCUGACCAGCCCGAGCUGGUGGGAGCCACGCAGCCCGCGACACGGGCUGGGGGCAUCGCCCCGACUUCCAUCCUGGGCCUGGAGGGUUCGGCUGUCACCCCCCUAAAUGUGUCUGACACUGAGAGUGCCCGCAGCGGGCAUGGCGACGUGACCGGGUCCACUGCCCCUUGGAGAGUGACCACUGAGCAGUCCCCCCUGGCCACUCAACCCUCUGACCUCACCAGUGCUACCCUGGAGCCGGUGAGGAUGACUGCUACCCGCCAGACACAUGUCCGCACGGCCUCCCCCAGCGUGGCCGCCACACGGCCUCCGGGGGACACCAGCGCCCCUGGGGUCCAGGACAGCUUCCCAUACCUGCUGUCCGAGGACUUCCUGGGCCAGGAGCAUCCCAGGCCGGGUGCAAGCCAGGAGGCGCUGCUGCCAAGCUUGGAGCCAUGUGUGGGGGACAAGUGUCCCAGCCUGGGCAGGGGCCCCGUGACCGCCACCGUGGUCACUGUGCUGUGCCUGCUGCUGGUCCUGGCUGGCGUGGGGGCGGUGUGGGGCUACCGCAGGUGCCAGCACAAGAGCUCUGUAUACAAGCUGAACGGGGGCCAGCGGCACGCCCGGCACUACCACCAGCAGAUCGAGAUGGAGAAGGUGUAG